AUGUCUUGCUCCAGCCUGUGCUAUCCAGAAUGCGGGGUGGCCCGUCCCAGUCCAGUUUCUGGAAGCUGCAACGAGCCGUGCGUUAGGCAGUGCCCUGACUCUGAAGUGAUCAUCAGACCAUCACCAGUUGUUGUAACCAUCCCAGGACCAAUUCUUAGCAAUUUUCCUCAGCAGAGUGAAGUGGCAGCCGUUGGAGCACCUGUGGUCGGACCCGGCUAUGGGGGCUCAUUCGGUUAUGGGGGAUUGAACGGCUAUGGGGGCGCUUACGGAGGAUUGUAUGGUUAUGGGGGAUUAGGUGGUUACGGGGGCCGUUAUGGUUAUGGGGGAUUGUGUGGUUACGGGGGCCGUUAUGGUUAUGGGGGAUUGAGUGGUUACGGGGGCCGUUAUGGUGGACUGUGUGGUUAUGGAGGAGGUUACGGGGGACUGUGUGGUUACGGGGGAGGUUAUGGAGGAUUGUGUGGUUACGGGGGAGGUUACGGUUAUGGGGGAGCAUGCGGUUCUGGGGUAUCUUGCCAUAGGUACCUGAGUGGAAGCUGUACACCAUGUUAA